AUGGCCACUAAUAAAGAUAUUGACCUUCAUGAAGAGAAUGGGUCUGCUUUGGUCGCAACAGCGAUCACUCUCUUGACAUUAAGCUGGUUCUCUGUCGGGCUGCGCACAUAUACAAGGGCUGUCUUGAUGAAAAGUUUGCAGCUUGAUGACUGGCUUAUGCUCGUUGCUCAGAUCAUCUUCACGAUAUCAUGUGCAUUCAUCCUUGAGGGUGUCCAGCAGGGAAUUGGAAAGCACAAUGACGCCAUAAAAGACGACGAGGCCAAAGUUCAAGCCCUUAUGUGGCAGGCUUUGGCAACAGCGACCUAUAUUUUGGACAUGAUGUUCAUAAAACUCAGCAUUGGCUUCUUCUUGCUCCGUUUAUGUGUCAAGAAGGUCUACGUCUGGAUUAUCCGGAUCAGUUUAGCUAUUAUCAGCAUCUGGAGUAUAGUUCUCUUUUUCUGGAACCUAUUCCAGUGCAAACCAGUCGAAAUGCAGUGGGACUUCAGAAUAAAAGACGGUACUUGUGUAAGUGCAGACCAGAUCGUCUCAGCGGCCUAUGCCAUAAGUGUCAUGACAGUCGUUUCUGACUGGCUCUACGCCCUUCUCCCGAUCCCAAUGCUGUGGUCGGUCAAGAUGACCAAGCAAGCAAAGACAACUGUUAUUGCAAUUUUGGGGCUAGGCAUAUUUGCCAGUGUCGCGACCCUUGUACGACUACGAUUCCUUGCGGAUCUUACUGAUACGGAAGACAUUCUAUUUGCUGGAACCGAUGCCAUGGUUUGGACACUGAUAGAACCAGGUGUCGCUAUUGUUGCAUCAAGCCUAGCUACCAUCCGACCACUUCUUCGUGCUAUGAGGAUCAGAGGCUUCGAAUCGACCGAAAACACUUAUGGCACAGGCCACUCUGCUGCUGUUAGAUCAAACGCAAACCGUUCCAAAGCCGCAAUCUUGAUUAUGCCAGGCUUUGGCCCUGAAGAUGUCUCACUGACCAACAUGGUGUCACAAAACAACACGACGUCCCCAUCACACUUAAACGAUAUCGAAAUCCUCCCUCCUCGACACGCGGGCGACGGCCCUAUCUCGCCUGGUCAAGCGAGCAUCGUUAAAAGCGAGAUCCUGGUGAUACAAGGCAAUAGCUCGCCCCCGUCGUCCUGGCAAAGUCGAAAUGAUCGCUCUGCUUCUAGCUCUUUCGACCAAAUCCACGACCUCGAGGCAUACAGCCAAGAACUCGAACGCGAUGAUAUGAGGGGCAGAGGCAGAUGA